AUGGCGACGGUAUACUACGAAGACUACAUAGCCGAAGAUACGGAGAAAUAUGAUGAGUCCCAGGACGAGGAUUUCAAACCCGACGAUGGACCCCAGGACGAAGAAGCAUCAAGCUCAUCCGACGAGGACAAUGCGCCAGCGAAACCCACAUCACGCAGCACCAAGCGCAAGGCACCCGUUGACGACGACCUCGAUUCCGGCGACGAAGUGACAAUACAGGCUGCACGGAAGAAGAAGUCGAAGAAGCAGAAGAAGGGCAAAAAGGGCGAUGACGACGAAGACGUGCUCCUCUCCGAAGGCGAGGGAGGACUGAUAAAGACACGCGCCCAGCGGCGAGUCGAGCAAGUCGAAAAGAAGCCUCUCGCACGAACAGAGGGCGCGACCGUAGAUGUCGACGCACUAUGGGCGCAAAUGACCGCCGCGCCAUUGAAACCCAUCCAGCCCGUCGAACCAGACCAUCCGAAGCCCACCACAACAACCGCACCAACUCCAGCCCCCAAACCCCUCCCCGCGGAAGAAGAAGAACAAAUCCAAAUUAAAAAAACAUACACCUUCGCCGGCCAAGACACCACCGAAGAAAAGUCCAUCCCCCGCUCCCACCUCGACAAAUACACCUCUGACGGCUGGACCACCCUCCAAGAACCCACGAAGCCUGAGAAAACCAAGGCCAACACCUCGAAAAUACGCCGCCCGUUGCGCCGCCCUUCGCGCUUCGAUCCUAAUCCCACCGGCUACGUCCGCGCCCUCGCCCCCGAGCACCAACUCACAUACCCGCGCACCACUACCAGCACCACCACACGCACAGACAUGCCACCGCCAGAACUCCCCGCAGCAAAGGCCAAGGCGCAGAAACUGAAUGUCGUGGACAAGUCGCGCAUGGACUGGACAGGCUUUGUGGACAAGGAGGGCAUCGCCGAGGAGCUGGAUACGCAUGGGAAGACCAAGGAGGCGUAUCUGGGACGCAUGGAGUUUUUGAAGGAGGUUGAAGCGAGGCGGGAGGAGGAGAGAAAGAAGGUUAGAGUUGCGGGGAUGGGGGUUGGGGGUGGGCCGGCGUGAGAUAUGAGAUGUGAUACCCAAAUCGAUUCAGUAGUUUUC